AAGCUAACAUUCUGUUCUGAAGUCAUUCAAAAUUUUAGAGCAAGUUUUUUUAAAUUUGAACUAUCGAUAGAUCGAUAGGCUUUCCUUCUGCAGUCUGUGCUGGCUAACACCGCGACGUUGCGCUGCCAGAGUUGCCAGGCCGUCCGCUGCAGAGUUUCAGAGAUUCAGACUAAAUUUUUUUUUGGCCACCUUCGUGUACACACAAAGAAAAACAUGAAAUUGCCAGCGACCAGCUGCUGACGCAAAGUGAAACCAGAACGGGAGGACAGCCAGCCCAGGAAGAGCUGCAGCUGCUGCGGCGCACACACACGCCCCACACACGGCACGGCACGCCACACACACAUCCAUCCAUCCCAGCCAGCGGACGAGCGAGCGAACAGCCAGGGGGGAAAAUGCACGCCGCAUCCAUGACGACGGUGGAGGGACUGCUGCAGGAGUUCUACCAGCCCUCCACAUCGAAUGCCCGCAAGCGCGAGAUCGAGACGAAUCUGCUGGCCUUUAAGUCGCAGCCGGAGGCGUGGCAGCUGUGCCUGCGCGUGGCCACCGCGCCGGAGGGCACAGAGAAUCAGUUCCUUUGGUUCUUCAGCACCUCGACGCUGGAGCACACAAUCACCCGGCGAUGGACACAGCUGAAUGCGGCGGAUAAGACAUUGUUGCGCGAGGCACUGUGGAACACAUAUGCCCAGCUGGGGGCACCGGGAGCGGCCAGGCGGCACCGGGAUACGCUGGCGCAGCUGAUAGCGUUGAUGGGGAAACGAGAGUUCCCUGAGCAGGAUCCCAAUUACAUGCAGCACUGCAUGGAGCUGACCAAAACACGCUUCCAGCUGGGCAUCAAUCUGCUGCGCGUCACCUCCGAGGAGGUGGUAAGCAAUCGCGGCGAUUUGACCACCGAAUGGAAGCAGUACUUCUACUCCUGCAUCUCCAUGUGUAUACCCGAUGUGAUGGACCUGGUCACCAAGUAUCUACUAAUCGCCGUGUGUCACAUCAAUGGCAAAGACAUCCAAGCGACCAUACCAAACACACUCAUGGACUUUAGUCUAACCUCAGCGCUGCCAAAUGACAAUCACCUAAGUUCCUCCAUUUUGGAGCUGCUCGGCUGUGUGCAGCACUUGGUCUCCUGGAUUCGGACUGAACUGAUCUCGGAGUACUUCCUCAUGAGCAUACUCGACCUCUCCCAAUGGCGUCCUGCCCACGAGCCCAUCUCCCUGGCCGCCCUGUCGGUUCUGAAUGAACUCCUCUACCUGCAGAAGCCGCUGCCCUAUGCGGGCACGCUAAUGGGUGGCGUCAGCAGUCUCCUGGAGCAGCACAAUAACAAUCGACGGCAGAGCGAAAUGUAUAGCGACAAGUUCCGGGAGCUGUUGCGUCUCUAUACCACCAAGUAUGCCGGCAAGUUGAUGCAGGAGCCGGAGCUGCUCGAGACCUUUCUCAACCUGCUCUACGGCUGCACCACGGAAUUGCACGGCGCCUUGGACUUCACGGAGAAGCUUGAGAUAUGGACGCCCAUCAUCAAGGGCAUUGCCCAGCAGCCGGCCAAAGUGGCGCGCUUCAACCAGGUGCUCACCCAGCUGGUGGACGAGAUCAUGCGGCGUACGCAGUUCGAGGCCAACAAGCCCGAGCUGGAGGUGCUGGACAAUGAGCUGAUGGAGGAUGAUACCUCCGCCACCGAGUGGCAGCAGUUCCUGGACCAAUGCUUCGAGUCCCUGGCCCUGCUGGCUAGUACCCGUGGUGCCCACGUGGUUUUCGCACAAGUCUUCGCCCACUGGUCGAGGCCGCAGAUGUAUUUGAUGUCGCUGGAGCACGCUUUGGACCAUGGCAGUAGUCGCAGCUACGAGGCGGCCCGCAAGCUCAAAACGGCCAAUGUGGGUGAGAUAUUGCGAGACUUUGCCACCGUCUGCCAGGCGGUGGUGCGUCUGGCGCCGCUAAUGGACACUGCCACGGCAGCGCCGGCCGUGGCCGAUGAGAUGGAGUGCCAGCUGCAGAUGCUGUCCGACAGUCUGCUGCAGACGCUGCAGCUGUUGGCGAGCAAUCGCCUGCAGGGCGGCAAUGAGAUGGACAAGGCCACGUUCCAGAUGGACCUGGACAACCUGUAUGCUCAAGUCCUGCUGGCCAUGCGCAGCAUCUUCCCGCUCUCGAAGGCCAUGGUGGGCGAGGAGCUGUUGCAUAGACUGUUCGCCAUACUGGGCAGCAUCUUCGCCUGCAGCGGCUCUCUGGCCGCCGUCUCGCCCAUCGUCCAGCAAGCGGCCAGCGAGCUGCUGCUCUUCAUCUCGACUGUGAUACGGCCCAAGUGCCUGCUGGAGAUCCCGCAGAUCCAGAGCCUGUUGCAGGCGGGCUCCCGCCUUGGCGCCCAGCUGCCUCGUCAGGUGUGCAUCAAUGUGCACAUUGCGCUGGUCAGCUACAUGGUGUUGCCGUGGAAGUGUGUGCCCGAGCAGCAGCAGGACUAUCAGCGCCGACUCUGGAUGCUGCGUGAGUACAUCCAGGGGCUGGCGCAGAACUUCCUGGAUCUGGAUGUGGGUCAGGCUAAUGAGAGCAAGGUGGCGGCCACCACGCUGAGUCUGCUGGGCACCUUUACGGCGCUAAUCGAGUACUUCAAGGCAACUGGAGGCAAUGCCAAGGACAUGCUCGCCAGCACCUUCAAGCCCAUUUUGACCAAGGCUUUGAUGAUCUUCAAUAGCUUCGGACUCAGCAGCAUAGCCAUGGCCAUUACGGUGGCCGAAUUCAGUCUCAGCAUGCUCCGAACGUUGCCCACGCAUCUGGGCGGUCAGUUCAUCAAGGAGAUGAUCACGCUGUUCAUCAAUGUCAGCAGCAGGGAGCAGCUUACCCUCAGCCGACUUGCCGUCAUGGAGAAGGUGCUGCAGAUGUUCAAGCUGAUUGUGGAGCAGCCGGGCAGUGCCUCCCUCGGCCUGCUGCCCUCCAUUCUGGACUUUGGCACUCAGCAGAUUCUGCCGCUGCUGCAGCAGCAGAAUACGGCGACGGAUAACAGCGAGAUAACCAGCCUUUUGUAUGCCCUCUUCGACAGUGUACUAACAUGCAAGUGGCAGUUCUUCUACAAGAACCAACUCUCCAACGGCCACACCGGCGCCGCCGGCGGCAACUUCAACUGCAGCGACAACCUGCAUCCUGCUCACUUUAUGGCCAUUCUGAAUGCCUAUGGCCAGAUGCUGGUCAGCGGCACUGAUCCGAGCAACGUGCGCAGCGUUCUCCUCUCCAUGCAGAAUGUGAACGAGCGCAGCCGGCUGUAUCAGCGGGCGCUGUUCAAGGAGCAGCUGCUGGCCUCCUUCCAACGGGCCCUGCUCAAUCUGCUGCUGAGCGGUGAGGGCGGGCUGCACUUCGAUAUGAUUGCCCAGGCACUGUAUGCGAUGGGCCAAGUGGAUCGACGGCAGCUGCUCGAAAGCUUGGCGCAGGCCUCGCUGCCAGUGGCCCAGACGGCGCUGGAGGAGAUCUGCCAGACAAGUGACAUUCCAACGUUCACGCAGAAGCUCACGCAGCUCAUGCAGGACGCCCACUGUGCGCAUCUCAAUGAGACGGCGUAGGAACCCGGAUGGAAUUCCAGUAACCCAACCUCCAAGCUAAGCCCCAGUCCCAUAUCUUUCUCCCCUUAUCGUUCGACAUUGUGACGUGUGUAAAGUGCUUACAUGUAAAUACCUUUUUGUUUGUUUUAUGUACUUUGUACGCGUGCGCCUUCCUAUUGUAUGCCAUAUAUACUUGGUGACUAUGUGUGUCAUUGUUCCACUGUCCCUUGUCCCCUGUCCAGAUCCUCGACACAUUGCGUUUUGUUCCUUGCUCCCUCUCCCCAUCAAGUGUACAUCAAGUGCGUGCCUGUGUUCUUUUCAUUCAUUCGAUAAAGCUAAAAGACAUUGUUAGUUCGUAGUUGCGAAAAGAAAGAUAAACCACAUAAGUUGGAACGUAUUAUACGUAUUCGGAAACAUAAAUCCUUACUUUUAUUAAACAUUACAUAACGUUCACGCUUCGCGAAUCGAUAAAAGUCAUACCCAUAUAUCUACUUAGCGUCUAAAACAUAUAUACGCAUAAAUUAAUUAGCAUAUAUCCAUAUGUAAAUCAGUUACGUUGUAAGCGAAAAGUAUAUUGAGUAAAUGCCAUACAUUCAUGUAAUUUAUUCUGCGAAAAAGAACAUCGAUUCAAUUUUGUUGCUAUGAUUUGAAUUCGAAUUGCUUAAGUCCCUUCAAUCAGAAACUCAAUAAAAACUAUUUUUACCAAUUUUAA